AUGGAAGAAAAGAAGGAUGAAGAAGAAAGCAUAUUGAAUGAAGGUGAAGCUGAGAUUGCUAUAGCACAUGCAAGAAGGUUGAUUCAAAGUGGUGUACAUGCUUCUGAUAUUGGAGUCAUUACCCCUUACUCAGCACAAUUCUCAUCAUUGGACUCUAAGAUGAUUAUUGAUGAUAAAAUCAAAUGUACUAUCUUACCACCAUCGAGUCAUUUGAGAUUGUUACCGUCAACAACUACUUCAGUCAAGCAGCUUAUUGAGAUUGUUACCACCACCGAAUCAUUUGAAUGGUGUUGCUGCACCUUCCUUGAAGAUCCCAAAAAUAAAAAAGCUCGAAUAAGUUUAAGCCAUUCAUAA